AUGUACAGUGAUAGUAGAGAUAGCGUAUUUGAAUGGGAUUCUGAUGUUUUUUCAGACAAAUUCCGAGGGAAUUCUGAUGUUUCUUCUCAGGGAACAUUAUCCACACCCUCGACGGGAAAUCAAUAUUGUACGCCUAGAUCGAUUUCAGCGGUGGAAUCAUUUAGUUACGAUAAUACAAUGUUACAGCCAGAAGUUAUUCCCCGGACAAGUAUUUGGUCCGCUUCGUUCAGGAGUAAUAGUGAGUCGCUCGUGCCAUUUGAUCCGUUGGUGGUUAAUGGAGCAGAGCAGAAGACAGGGGAAGAGGAGUAUGUGUAUCAGAUACCACCCCGGUUUGUUUUUAGAAGUUUCAGAGGUUGUCGGUUCGCGGUUGAAGACAAUGCCAGGUUUUUUGUGAUCAAGUCAUAUAGUGGAAUGGACGUGGAUGCGUCGAUUGCCAACAACAUCUGGGCGUCAACCAACUUAGGAAAUAAGCGGCUUAAUAGGGCAUUUGACGAAGUUCGGGCUGUUAGGGGCAAAAUAUUCCUCUUUUUCCUGGUCAAUUGCUCUGGCCGUUUCUGUGGGGUUGUAGAAAUGAAGAACAACAUCGAUUUUACUCGCACGAGCGACGUAUGGGUCGAAAAGUCCCGUUGGAAGGGCGUGUUCCCGGUCGAGUGGCUAAUGAUUAAGGAUGUUCCAAACAGACACUUUCAGCAUCUAAAGAACCCUCUCAACGAGUCAAAAUCUGUCACAAACUCCAGGGAUACUCAAGAGUUGCCAUUUGAUAUUGGUGUUUCUAUGUUAAAAAUAUUUAGCUCGUUUAAAUAA